GUUUACUUUUUCAUUAUAACGCUCAUCAAUGACUGCUAGCCUGUGGUGCCCAAAAUGGAAACAUUAACGGACAGAUUGUCGGCUCGUUAGGUUUGAUUGGCUUCUGGCUAACAGCGAUCAGAAAUCAGAAAUCCGCAAUAUGGCCAAAAUGUUGCUCUGUCGCAGCUGUUGUCAUUAGUUGUCCACAAGCGAGAUGUCAAAUGGCCAAAUGAUUUGUGGUACGGCCGGUGGUGGAUCGGCCAGUGAAUCGAAGAUGGAACCGACUUUGGUGGCUAAUUCCCCGGAGAUCACUAACAAUUAGUUUUACAUAACCUGACCCACUCAACGCAUUCGUGACCAAGGAAAGUCCCCUGCUUGGACAUCAAAAUCGUGUGUGGUGUCCCCCAAAAUAUUUCGACCAUUAAAAGUGAUAGCUGGGAAAGUACUCCAAGAAUAUGAAAACAAUCCAGGUCACCCCCGUCACGCCUCCUGAAGCUUAUAAAAGUAUCGAUCACUUAGGGCCGCAUCAGUUUUACUCCAAAAUGUCAACCAAGUGGACGUCUCUAGGGCUUUACAUCUGCCUUGUGGAAUUACUUAUAGUCCAAGGAUCUUGGGCGGAUGUGGCACACUUUUUUGCUGCGCCAGUGGAAAAAUUGGGAAACUAUCUUCAUGGACAGGUUCCAUUUCAACUGGGUCUCUCUCCACCGGGCCUUUAUGGACCUCCGCCUGUACCCCCGAAUCCUGUGACUCCUUCACCAGUGGCCCCCGUAUCCACCACAGAAUUCAGUUUGCCGGAGAUCAUCGAAAAUCGCAGUGUAAAGUUUCAAGGAAGUGGUCAUGGUAAUUUCAUACCUCUAAGCCAGAACUAUCUGCCACCGGCUUUGGAAGAGCGUCCAAACUAUGAGAGUCCCAAGCCCAGUGAAGAGACCUACCCCGCCUACUAUUAUCCGCAACCUCCUGCCGGAGGUAUCCUUGCCACCUCUAUUCCCACCACAACUACUACACCAAGACCGAUUAUCGUUGAAGACCCUGGAGAAGCGUUUGAACCUAUACAAUCUCCAGGAUACGAUUACCAUGCCCCAGUGGCUGUUCCAGUGAUUACCCAAAGACCCUCGACACCAGCUCCUGUCUAUUUGCCACCCAGUGAGGUUAGCCAGGACCAAAACCAGCUCAGACUCCGUUUAAAGGACAUGCGUUGCUUGAACUCGGGAUACUUUCGUGCCGUUUUGAAGUUGGAUAGUUUCUUGGGAGCUGCUCCAUCUGUGGAUCAGGAUAACGACGAUAUCCAGGACAAGCGCUGUGAGCUGAAACUGUCACGGAGUUUCCUUUUCUUGGAUAUUUCUGGCGAGAACUUCGAACGAUGUGGGGUCCGUUCCUGUGGACAGGAUCUUUGCCUGCGACUGCGUUUUCCCGCCAUUAGGGGCUUGAGGACCAGUGGGGACUCUAUUUUGACUCUACAUUGCAAAUCCCAAGAGCGUGUAGCCGUCAAAACCCAUGCCUUGAAAAUGGGUGUGGCCAAUGAUGUGCAAUCCCGCAGUGUGGGCAGCUAUGCCCAUGGAGGCAAUCAAAAUCCCUUUCGAACCCAUGUGGAGCUGCUUAGAAAAGGCAGUACUGGUUAUACCCGGCAUCUGGAAUCGAAUGGAGCAGUUCAGCUGGGCGAGGAUCUCCUACUUAGAGCUCAUGUCCUGGCAGGAGAUGGCUGGAACUACACCAAACUAAGUGACGUCCAGCUGCAGAGGAUUAAUUCUGGCGGGGAAGUGAUCAACAAUGUCCAACUGGUCAGUUCGAGGGGCUGCCUGAAUCCCGCAAUGCAGGCCAUUUGUGCCCAUGCCCCCAUAUUGGAACCGCCCCUCGGGCAGAGACUUCACUUCAAGGCGGUCAUGUUUCCGGGAAUGCGAAGUGGAGAGGUCCUGGUAAUAUCAAUGAGAAUAACCGGCUGCUUGGAGCAUGAAGACUGCCAGGUCACUGCCCAGGACUGCCAACCAUCGGCGGGAUUGCGGAGACGUCGGAACGUCUCACAUCGAAAUGGCUCUGAGAUCUCGGAGUUGUCUCAGUUGACUUUCAGGGUAAUAAUGCCAGGAAUGGAGGAGGAAUCCCCCAACCAGAAUUUGGAAACCUCGAAGGCUAGAGAAAUCUCCAAGUCCUUGGCUCUCUUUGGCAGCCUGGGCUUUGUUGUGUUACUUCUGGCAGUGGCCAUUGUGGCUUUGUACAAGUUUGGAAAAUAGUAAAUAAAUGUUUCUUAGUUUGCUUUUGUUU